CGAUUGGCAAUUGUUCAUUCUCUCAUUCGCCAUCAGUCUACUUCAGUUAUAAUUCUUAAAGAAAAAGAAAUAACCAUGCAGGUCUAUAGCUCAAUAGUCUUGAUUUCAUAUUUAUUGGCCACGAGUGCAGCUUUACAAAAACUCACUGAAUUAUAUAAGUGGUCGUCGUUAGACUACACGUUUUCCAGCGAUCAACACAAAAGUUACGCUCUCGAGCGUGGUGAAUUCGUGCCAGAAAACAACUUACCCGUCGGAAUUGAAGUAUGGAGAAAUAAACUAUUUGUCACUGUACCACGAUGGAAUAACGGAGUUCCUUCCACAUUGAAUUACAUAGCGUUGGAUGUGAGCUCAAAUGAGUCCCCAAAAUUAACCCCAUAUCCAAAUUGGGCUUAUAACAGAGAAGGUAACUGCGAAGGUUUAACCACCACAUACAGAAUCAAAGCAGAUAGCUGCAAUAGACUUUGGGUUUUGGACUCCGGAACCGUUGGAAUUGGUAAUACAACAAAGCAAGUAUGCCCGUACGCCAUUCAUGUAUUCGACUUAACCACGGACAAAGUAUUGAGAAAAUACACUUUAAGACCAGAAGAUACUAAUGACCGUACUUUUAUUGCUAAUAUUGCCAUUGAUAUUGGAUUAAAGGGUUGCGACGAUACGUUUUUAUACGCAUCCGAUGAAUUAGGCUACGGUUUAAUAUCUUACAGUUGGGAAUUAAACACAUCUUGGAGGCACACACACAGCUUUUUGAUGCCUGAUCCUUUAGCUGGAGAUUAUAAUAUUGGAGGUAUUAAUUUCCAAUGGGGAGAAGAAGGUGUAUUUGGUAUCACUGUAUCACCAAUAACCGAAGAUGGCUUCCGAAUGUUAUUCUUCCACCCAUUAGCCAGUAACCAGGAAUUUGCGGUGUCUACGAAAAUCUUACGCGAUCCUAAACUUACAUCUGAAGAAAUAUAUCACGAUUUUAUUGUAUUGAAAUCUAGAGGUCUUGGUGGUCACAUUACCUCUCAUUACAUGCACGACGAUGGAAUUCUAUACUUCAAUUUAAUCGAUCGAAAUGCCGUUGGUUGUUGGAAUUCCAGACUUCCAUAUGAACCCAAGAACUUAGGAAUUAUCGAUUUUGACAAUGAAGCCUUGAUAUUCCCAAGUGAUGUUAAAAUUGAUUCGUUAAAUAACCUUUGGGUAAUUUCUGACAGAAUGCCUGUUCAUUUGCUGUCAAAUCUUGACUUCAAAAAUGAUAUAAACUUCCGUAUUUUCUACGCCACCGCUGAAACAGCUUUAGCUGGUACAAUCUGUGAAAAUCACAUUCCUUAUCAAUCAGAUGAAUACUCGAAUAAAAUCACUUCUAAAGUGUAUGGAUAUUAAUAAUUGAUAUUUUAUUUUAUAAUUCCGUAGUAUUGAUAUGUACCAUUUGUGAAAAUAGUUUUCAAAAUAAUUUAAAUAAAAUAUAAACUCAAAUUAAACACAAUA